CUCUCGCACUUUCAAGCCACACCAUCUCAAGAUGCCUUCAUUAUCCUCUCGCAUGCGAAAGCUGCAUCAGACGCUACUGAGCAUUCGCCUCGGUCCCGGCGCUCUCAUCCUCCCGAAAGAAGUCAAGCGGAUACACAUGAGAUUUCCUGCUCGAAUGGAAGGAGGUCACAUGGGCCCGAGGAAAUUCUGGCGUUCCGAGCUGGUGCGACUGAAAUACCACAACCCAGCGGUCGCCAUGACCGUAGACCGAUCAGGCAUGACCCCCGACGACGAAUCUACCAUGAGCAUCCACUUCGCCCCUGCCGACGCCAUCCAGACCUCCUCCUCUGCCACCUCGGGCCCCUCGCCCACCGAAAGCACGACGACGACCUCGCAAACUUCAGAUCACACGCCGGCGGACAGAGUGGAGACGAUCGGGAUGAAAUUCCGCUCGAAUAGCGAUAUUCUGCAGGACUUGAUGAGGAUUACAAACGCGUAUCCUGUGGAAGCUACGCCGGAAGAUCAGGAGCAGCUGGCGGCGUUGGAGGAGCAGAAGGUGCGUGGUGAUCGGGAUCGGGUGGUGAGCUCGGCGCACAAAGCGCGGGUGAAGAGAGAGCAGCAGUUGCUGGAGCAGGCCAAAGGUGGGCUAGGUGCGUGAGGCGGCGUGAGCAUCAAGAGACGAGGGUCAGGGGUUUUGAGCGUGCAUCUUCGUAAGAGCGAGGCGUUUGGUGGGAACCGGAGGGAAGGGGAAAGUUGCAAAACUGCUACAGGCAUUGUACAUUUGUAUCGGGAUUGUAUGACGCCAUGAUAGAACGGCGACAAUAUCUAGAAAGACUCUUCAAUCAUCAACACUCAAGCA